AUGGCUCUUCCCGGCAUCCAAAUGACCCAAAUUAAUUUGCACCACAGCAAAAGCGCCUCGGCUAUCUUAGCCAGGAGCAUGGCUGUGAUGCAUACAAGUAUUGCACUAAUCCAAGAACCUUGGAUUCUCAGCAGCGAGGACCUCACAGUCAUCAAGGUGAGAGUAAAGCUAGCCAAGGAAAAGGACAUGGAGGUACUCAUAGGGUCAGUCUAUAUGCCCUACGAUUCCAUGGACAAUUCACCACCGAAAGAGGUAAAAGCCCUGGUAGCCUAUGCGGAGGCCAGGAGGCUUGAACUCCUGCUGGAUUGUGAUGCGGACUCUCAUCAUGUAGGAUGGGGAAUCAUUGAUAUCACGGUUUGUACGGAGAGGGUGGCGGGUCUGUUGAACGACUGGAGGGUCUCGGAUGAGCCCUCUGGCUCUGAUCACAGACAAAUACGCCUAACUCUUCAGCAACUACCGCAAAUCAGCUGGAACGCCAUUGCAAAUGCCUACGAGUUAAACUGCCCACCACAACCAAAGAGCCCGGUGACUAAGAUCCACUGGUGGAACAAAGAGCUUGAAAAGCUCAGGUUGGAAACGAGGAGGAAAUUCAGUAAGGCAAAAAGAACCAGACUUGUAGCACUCUGGGAAGCUUUCAGAAGCUCCCAACAAAAGUACAGCAAGGAAAUCAAGAAAGCAAAGUACAAAAGCUGGAAACACUUCUGUGAAAGCAUUGAGAAUGCCCCAGAGGCAUCCAGUCUUCCCAGAAUUCUCAGCUUAGAUCACCGUCCCCAACUGGGCUGUCUUAAGUUUCCAACGGGGAAUGUUACUGAGGAGGCGUCGGACACAUUAAAACAUUUAAUGGAAGUCCACUUCCCAGGUUCUGACAAUAACAUACAACCUCGCCGGCCGAAGCCUAGGGCGUUGGAGAGGCUGAUCGACGGAUUCUUGAAGAACGGACCUUUGCUUACAUAUCCACUGGCCUCUUCCCAAUAUGCUUACAAAGAGGGCAGAUCUACGGAUACUGCCUUGCACCACCUUGUGACCGGGAUCGAGAGGCAAUUGGAGGCAAAAGGAUAUGCCCUGGGCGUCUUCCUGGAUAUUGAGGGAGCUUUUGAUAGCACCUCAUAUGAUGUAAUCGGAGAGGCGAUGACCAGGCACGACAUUCCAGCCGCACUAGCAGACGGACACAAAGCAUGCUAA